AUGCCACUUUGCCCCAUAUGCAAAGUUUAUAGUGUAAAGAAACGUUUCACAUGGAGUGGAAUAAUUUACGCUGUGAUAUGCUUCCCAUGUGGUAUCUACUGCUGCAUGAAUGCUCGUGUAUGGUUCUGUCCACUCUGUGCUAAUGAGAUUGAUUAUUCAGAUGGAAGCGAACUGUCCCUUGGCCAGAGCUAUCGGUGCUAUAGAACAUUCAGAAAAGUAGCAGAUAUUGAUCAAAGAAAUAAUCAGGAACAGAAUGAUUCUUGA